AUGGCUUCUUCUCCGCCAGCACCUGGAGACUCGUCUCCUUUAUUUUUCAAUUCCGUCACCUCGUCCUCUCCUAUUAGAGCACGGGCUUCUCAGGAUGACGGUGCCCUUUCUGAAAGAGCUGGAAGAUUACGAAUUGAGGAUGUAUCGUCACCUCUUGGCUACCCUUCGUCUGAAAGAGACCAUACACUUUACAGCGCGUCAAGAAAUGGUCGUAGUUCUCAUUUCUCGGAGACUGAUAAUAUCUCUGCUGAUAAUCAUCAUCGUUCGUAUAACAGGAGAGGAGACAUUUUUUCGUCAGAUCUGACACCUUCUCGGAGAAUGCUAGUUUCAUCAGACGGCCAUGCUCCAAGUGAUAGCGGAUUGUUUACUCUCUCUGCUCGUGGUAGUGAUGUGUCUGAAACAGGUAAUCCUGGAGAUCCAGUUCGUCUCAUUUGGGGUACCAAUGUUAGUAUCGCAGAGACUAUGAACUCGUUCAGAUCGUUUUUGCAGUCUUUCAAGAGUAAAUACAGAAUGAUGCACGACGAUAUUCCAAUUGGUCCUGGUGAGGGUGAAGAUUUGGUUUACGUGAACAUGAUGAACCAAAUGCGUAUUUUAGGUUCGGCCAAUUUGAAUUUGGAUGCGCAAAACUUACUAGCCUAUCCUGCUACUCACAAGCUAUAUUACCAACUUAUCAAUUAUCCAUAUGAGCUUGUUCCUAUUAUGGAUCAGGUUAUCAAAGACUGUAUGGUGACUCUGGUCACGACAACAACUAAUGGUGGUACUGUCGAUGCCAAGGAAUUGGAGGCUACUGAAAUGAGAAAUUAUAAAGUCCGUCCUUUCGGUAUUGAUAAUAAGCGAGGAAUGAGAGACCUGAAUCCUGGUGAUAUUGACAAGCUUGUCACUGUCAAAGGAUUGGUGUUAAGAGCAACUCCUGUCAUUCCUGAUAUGAAGGAAGCCUUUUUCAAGUGUAUUGUGUGUAGUCACACAGUCGUGGUUGAAAUUGAUCGUGGAACCAUUACUGAACCCACGAAAUGUCCUCGACCAGUGUGUGGCCGUACAAACUCUAUGCAGAUUGUUCACAAUCGUUGUUUAUUUGCUGAUAAGCAAGUGAUUCGUUUACAAGAAACUCCAGAUAUUACACCAGAUGGCCAAACCCCGCACUCGAUUUCUCUCUGUGUUUAUGAUGAGUUGGUCGAUAUCUGCAAAGCUGGUGAUCGAGUUGAAGUCACUGGUAUUUUCAGAUCAGUCCCGGUUAGAAUCAAUCCCCGUCAACGUACUUUGAAGAGUCUUUUCAAAACAUAUGUCGAUAUUCUUCAUGUACAAAAAGUUGACAAAAAACGUAUGGGAAUUGAUGUAACCACAAAUCUCGAAGCGGAAGUGGCGGAACAACAGCAGGCUGAUGUUGAGGAAACAAGAAAAAUUACCGAAGAUGAUAUUGCUAAGAUUAAGGAAGUCGCCGCUAGAGAUGAUCUUUACGAUUUACUGGCCCGAUCUCUUGCCCCCAGCAUUUACGAGCAAGAUGAUGUCAAGAAAGGAAUAUUACUACAACUUUUCGGUGGAAGUAAUAAAACUUUUGAAAAGGGUGGUUCACCAAGAUACCGUGGCGAUAUCAAUAUUCUUCUUUGUGGUGAUCCUUCUACGUCCAAGUCACAAAUGUUGCAAUAUGUUCACAAGAUUGCUCCUCGUGGUAUUUACACAUCAGGUAAAGGUUCAUCAGCAGUCGGUUUGACAGCUUAUGUGACGCGGGAUAUCGAAACUAAACAGCUGGUACUGGAAAGUGGUGCUCUAGUCCUUUCCGAUGGUGGUAUUUGUUGUAUCGAUGAGUUUGAUAAAAUGUCCGAUGCUACUAGAUCAGUUUUGCACGAAGUUAUGGAACAACAAACCAUUUCCAUUGCUAAAGCUGGUAUCAUCACCACUUUGAACGCUCGUACCUCUAUUCUCGCCUCGGCAAAUCCUAUCGGAUCUAAAUAUGACGUCAAGUUGUCGGUACCUCAAAAUAUUGAUCUCCCGCCCUCUUUACUUUCUCGUUUCGAUCUGGUCUACUUGAUGAUUGAUAAAAUUGAUGCUCAAGCUGACAGACACCUUGCUAACCACUUGACAAGAAUGUAUGCUGAGGAUGUUCCAGAGAAUGCUGCUACUAGUGAGAUUCUUCCUGUGGAGUUCUUGACAUUGUACAUUUCAUAUGCUAAGAACUUGCAACCUCAGAUUACCCCCGAAGCCAAGGAUGAACUUGUUAAGGCUUAUGUAGCAAUGAGAAAGCUCGGUGAGGAUUCCCGUACUGCUGAAAAACGUAUCACUGCUACCACUCGUCAACUGGAAAGUAUGAUUCGACUAUCAGAGGCGCACGCUAAAAUGAGACUUUCUGAAGUGGUAACUGCUGAUGAUGUUUUGGAAGCCGUUCGUUUGAUUAGAAGUGCUAUCAAGGAGUAUGCUAUGGAUCCAAUUACGGGAACGAUUGAUAUGGACCUUGUUCAAACUGGUACUUCUUCAGCUCAAAGAAGACUUCGCGUCGACUUGAAAGAGAACUUGCUCUCCAUCAUGGACACUGCAAUUGCUCGAACCGGUUCUGGAGGUACUCUGAGAUAUGACGAGCUUGUCAGAUUGGUCGCUGAUAUUAUUCCUACCAGAGUAGAAAAUCUGGAACUUGGAAACGCUCUUCGUUCUCUUGAACAAGAGGGUAAAAUUGUAAUGACUGGCUCAAAUACUAGACGGACAAUCCGAAGAGUGACUGGCUUGGUCUAA